AUGCAAUUAAGCAUAGAUUCUGUCGACCAAAAUGAUGCGGACGUUCCCAUCCCUAUCCCAACAUCACUCAAACUCAAGCUAUAUUUGGGUCGAGUAUUGUCUGCAUGGGGUGACCGUAUGUGGCAGUUCGCAAUUGGCCUAUACUUCAUCAAACUAUAUCCCGGAUCAUUCCUGUUGGCGGCCAUUCACGGCGUUAUAUCCUCGGUGUUGGUUUUUGUGACGGCGCCUAUAAUUGGUUAUUGGAUCGAAAGGACGUCCCGUUUGAAAGGAAUCCGGAUCUCUUUAUUUCUUCAAAAUGGUUUCGUGGCGUUGGGAGCCGUUUGUGUGGCUGUCUAUGAGAUUGAAAGCAUCGAUCAAAAUAUAAAGCAAUGGAUCGCAUGGAUCGGAUUAAUCACCUUUUCAAUCAUAGCUCAGAUAUGGAGCGUUGGGUUCACCACAUGUCUGGAGAAGGAUUGGAUUCUAUGUAUAGCCACAACUGAAUCCCAACUGACCGAUUUGAAUGCAAUGCUAAGACGUCUGGACCUAAUCUGCAAUGUGGCGGCGCCUUCAGUUGUGGGCGCUCUCAUGAAUUUGCCCCUAUUAUGGUCGGCCGUAUUCAUGUCGGUGUGGAACGUAUGCUCGGCUGUUGUCGAGUACACCCUUUUGCACUCCGUCUACAAAUCGGUUCCCAACUUAAGAGUCGAGAAGAAGCAAAAACUGAGCAAAACAUUCAAAAUACUAAACUUGAGUGCAUUUGUCAUGUAUUGGAAGACAUUCUUAUGGCCGGGAUUUAGCUUUUCGUUGCUAUACUUAACAGUCUUAGGGUUCGACUCAAUAACCAUUGGAUACGCGAGUGAGAAGGGUAUCAACGAAACCAUAUUGGGUUUGGUGACAGUGGCGGCCAGUCUGGUGGGGAUCACCGGCACCCUAUGCUAUCCAUUACUGGUCAAGAAGUUUGACGUCAAGAUAACAGCGUUAAUAGGAUUCAUAACUGAACUCAUAUGCCUUACCAUAUGUUUGGGUGACUCCGCAAAGUUUAUUAUACCCGAUGAGAGGACAGGCGUUAUUNACUCCGCAAAGUUUAUUAUACCCGAUGAGAGGACAGGCGUUAUUCUACUGCUGUCUGGUAUUACUGCGGCCCGGUUUGGCCUAUGGAUGGCCGACAUGGGGGUCAACCAACUGAUCCAAACCGAGACUAUAAGCCCUCCAAUGGUGGGCAGCGCUCAGACGAGUGUUAAUAUUCUGAUGGAAUUAAUAAAGUUUGUGAUCGUCUUAUGCAUCCCAAGUGUUGAGCACUUCUAUAUCCUAACCCUUAUAUCCUAUGCCUCAGUAUUAUUGGGUUCAAUACUAUUCGCUAUAUUUGUCGUUAGGAACAGACAUUCAGCCGAAAGUCAAAAGUUUUUGAAAUGA